AUGGCGGAUCCGAAUCGCAUCUUCAACGGCGACCAAAUCUACUAUCAACACGUCAACGACCAACCCAACGAGUAUCAACAGCACGUCGACGGCGAACCCGUCUUUCCGGCCGACCUGCUCGAGCCGGCGCCCAACGUUCCACAUCAAGGUGGUGGUGGUGGAGGAGGCUAUGUGUAUGCGGACGAAUAUGUCCAGAACUUUGAGGUAAUUGAUGUGAUUUGUGUUGGCGCUUUUAGGAGAGUACUGUAACUUUGAGUUCUGAGAGGAGAGUGUUGCUUUAGAGCUUACAGUGACGCUUUAAACAUGUGAUGUACGGUUUUAGAGGCUAAUGAUGCUAGUAUGUAAUCACUGCUUUGAGAAAGUGUUGCGUCUAUUUAAAGAAUGUUAUUUGUUUUAUAGUUUACUGAGACAUUUAAAAGGAUACUGUGGCUUUUUAAAGACUACUGUAAAGCUUCCAAGUGCGCUGUAACGCUUUCCAGAAUACUGUGUCUUUAACUAGUGAUGUACUUGCUUUAAUGGCUUCUUUUAUCUUACAAACAGACUGUAUCGCCUUUUUUCAUCUUUGAAGGUCUACCGUAUUAUUUCAGAAUUACUGUUAAUUCUUAUUUUAUAUUUCAAGGUUUAUUUUACUGUCUUGUUAUUAUGUAUGAGUCCUUCUGUAUUCUUUAGAGCAUUAAUGAAUACUGAAGAACUCAUACAUAGUACGGUAAAGUGGCUUUGAAUCAUAAAAAGUACUGUAAUUUUAAACGUUUUUUUGUAAGAACCAUCAACCAUGCUAUAGAAAGUAACAUCUAUGAAGUAUGUAGAGCGUACUAAUUUUUUAGGAACGUAGUACUGAUUGGAAAGUGCCAUAGAGUUGUAACAAAGUACUGUCGAAGAUUCUCUUAUAUUUUUGAAACUUUGGUUUUUAUAAAAACUUGUAAUACAUUGUUUUAUAAAGUAAUUUAGUUACAGUGUUUAUACUGAUAUGAUAUUAAGUGUUAAAGUCUUAAAAAUGCUCUUAUUUUAAUUAAAAUGACAAUAUUCUAUUAGUUUUUUUGUUGUCAUACUGUUUAGCGUUUUAAAAUUGCUUUUUUAAAAAAAGCCAGUUAUUAAGUCUUUAGUUACAGCACAGUACUUUCUACGCUAUUUUUAGUUACAGUACUUAUCAUUUUUAAAUCUUAUUCAAUUUUUUUAAUGGUGUAGUAUAUAUAAUUUAACGAUUUAUGUUGUAAUAGACCUUGCCUUACUAAACCAAUUCUACUUACAGAUGCCUUACGUAAUCGACCAAACCAACCAGAUGGACGAGCAGUGGAACCAACAAUAUUACUACGGCAACGACAUUCCAUAUACGGGUACGGAGGAGGUGGUCGUGGGUGGUGAUGAGUUCCAGUCAUACGAACCAACUCUAGCACAACAUAACUCGUCGAUGAAUAACCCAUUCGAAGAGGAGGACGACGAAAGCUACUAUCCUCAGCAAGACCUGGCUUCAUAUCCGGUGAUUCAUCAUCAAGGUCCAACACCAUUGCUGCUAGAAGAGGAUGAUUUUGAUAUGGAAGACGAACAAACAGUGGAUGUUCAAGCUGGACAACAACCUCAACAAGUUGUGGUGGUGAGACAACAAAGAGAUGUUGAAGCUGAGAUUAAGAAGCGAAGAGCGGCCAAAAGAGCGCAGAGAGUGGCUAACGAAAGGGCUAGCUAUGUGUCUGAUGAUGCUACGAUGUAAGUUUUUUGAUGUUAUGUUAGGGGAAAAAUCAAGUUUUAAAACAUAAUUUUUUAUCUAGGAUGUUGUUCUUGAGGUAUUUGGUUGUUCAAAUAAUUUUGAGCCUUUCUUAAAGGUAAUUUUCGGGGUGAGAGGGCUCGAACUUUUUUGAACAUCUUAAAAGUAGGUGGUGGGUGAAGGAAAGUGGAUAAAAGAUAUGGUUUUUGGGCUUUAUACAAUAAGAGGUUGGUUUUAAAUUGUAAGAAAGAUACUUGGCUUUCUCUAUGUAGAAGGUAAGGUAUUAAUGUUGUGCACAAUAUGCUUGAAUAGCUACUUUUAUAUGAGUAGUUAUCUAGAGGGGUUAAUUUGAAAGACGUUUGAUAACCUUAAGUUUUUUGAAUUUUAUGCUUUAAAUUUGUCUCACGCCUAAAGAAAACAUUGUUUUGUAUUGUGUGAAAAAAAUUAAAUUCACACAGGAAGGCUGGACAAACUUAUGAGCUUUUUUUUAUAUUAUAGUAGAUACUUGUUCGGUGUUUUGAAAAGAAUGAUUGAUAAGUAUAAAAUUUCUGGGCUUAUAAAGACUUUAUGGUUAUUACAUUUUUUAUUAUGACUUUUUCGUUUAUUUGGUGCGUUUUGAAACAUUUUUAAUUUUUUUAACAAAUUUAUGGGCAUUAUCUUAUAGUAGGUAUGUAUUUGGUGGGCUGGAAAUGUGUUUGAGCUUUAUUUUUGUAAUUUUGGUAUUUUAAUUUGAUAUUUAUAGUAAAAUACGAGAUGAAAUUUGCCAUUGAAUUAGUAACAUAAUUUUAUAUUUUUUAUAUUGUAGUAGGUAUAGAAGACUGAUAUUAGAAAAAUUGUGAAAACGAAACUUUUUCUAAACUUUUAUUGUAAAAUACGCUUUUCUAAAAUUAAUUGGUUUAAUUUUAAUUGAUGAUAUUGUUUUUUCAGAAAUCAAAAAGCUCGCGAACAAGCAGCUCAACGGUUCGCGACCAAAGAAGGCUGGGAAUGCAUGAACAAGUGGCUAAAACAAGCGAUUGAGAAGGACGACAAGGAAAGGUUAAUCCAACAUUUGGAAACCCUUAAAUUUGUAAGUUUUUUUUAUAAAUUUGGGUUUUUUGAAGUUUAGGAAAAAGAGGAUAUUGAUGUAGAUGGGCAGAUUAAAGACGAGGAAAGUUGAUGUUAAUGUAUCAUAAAGCAUUCGUUUUUUUCUGUUAAAAAAUAGCUAAACAAUUAGGGAGUGUUAUUAUAAUAGUUUGAAAUAUUUCUUUGAGUGUAAGCAUGUUCUAGUCGGUGGGUAAGAUAAUAUCGAAGAUUUUUGAUAUUAAAAGGGUAUUUCUUAGAAUAACUUUUGAUAUUAAAAGAUAACUAAAGCUACUGGGAACCUUAUUGGUCUUUUUAAUAAAUUUAUAAAAAAUCAACUGAAAACAUUAAUUUGUUGAUUAUCGGUAUAUUAUAGUUGAUGGCCAAGAUAAUAUUGAUCAUUUCUCAAUAAAACUGAAAUUCAGAAUAAUGUAUUUGGUAUCAUAAGAUAGCUAAAAGAACAGAGAAUAACAUGUUGACAGUUUGUUUUAUUUAAAAAUGGAAUUUAGAUAAUAUUUUUUGUUUUUUUCAGACUGAUGUCUCAGUUGACCUACUACAACAUACGGAUACGGCUAAAAUGGUGCGCGAGCAGUGGAAAAAGAAUUCUAACAAAAGUGAGUUGAUUUUUUUGGUAAUUUAGUUAUAGAAUUAGAAUGAAGCUAUUUUGAAGUCGUUUAUUUGUUUUGUUACCUAAAAUUUGAAAUUUUUGUGGUUUUUUGGUCGAAAUUUUGAAUAUUUUUGAAGUUUCCAAUGUUUUUUGAAAGGUUUUUUAAAUAAAGUAUGAUUUGUUUCAGAAGUGAACGAGCUUGCCAAUUACCUAUUCACAACAUGGAAGGCUAAAGUGGCAGCAGAACACAAAAAGAAGAGUUCGAAGAAGGAAAAGGAAAAACCGAAGAAACAAGAGAAAGAAAAGGCGUCUCCACCAAAGAAAAUCUCGAAAGAAGAACACGAACCGGUGAAACAACAAUCAACGGACGUGGAUCUUGUGGGUAAACUAAUCGACGCAACCGCCGACAAGCCUAAGGAACAGCCUGGAGCUUCGGAACCAGUCAAAAAGACCCGAGUCAAGGCGAAGGUCAAGAUUAACAAGGGAAGAAUGACAGGUAAGAUCAUAUUAUAUGGUUUUUUGGUUAUGAUAGAUGAAGACUUGAUGGGUGGCUGUAGGCAGGGACUUUGCUACAGAUUUAUUCUGGGGAGGGUGGAUGCAGAACUUUUUUAGUGAAUGAGUAGGGUUGAUAAAGUAAAAAUUUUGGGGGGGGGGUGUGGCUUUCUUGAAAAAUUACUCGUAGAAAGGCAUAUUGUAUGUUUUGCACAUGUUUGUUUGCUGGAGAGGGUUAGGGGAAGGGCGGUGUCUUACCAGACUAACAAGGAAGGUACCCGACAUGCAACGUUCUGAUUGGCUUCAAACUUUUUAUAUAGAAAGAUCAUGUAAAUACCAGAUCUUCAGCAAAGUACUAAAUCGUGCUUUCCAGAAAAUUUCGAGAAAAUCAAGAUCAAAAAAUGGCCAUUUGAAUUUCCCGGCAAAUUGGCAUUGUGUUUCAAGCUUAUAACUUUGUCUUUUUUAACUAUUUUUCUUUAAUAUAAUGAUAGAAAAGCUUCAAAUGAACUUGCAGUUUUAAAUUUGUAAGCCUAUUUUAUCUGGAACGUCAAAAAAAGUGCUUGCAACACAAUGCCAAAUUUGUCAAAUUAGCUUUCGUAGGGAGUGGGGUGGAAGUCAAAAGUUUUUUUGUUUCCCAGGUAGCAUUUGCACCGAUUUUUCAAAAAUAAAAUAACGUACAGGAGGUGCUUCUUUUUCUGAUUUUUUGGACUGGCUCUGAGGUGCGGACUCACCCUUUUUUACCCCACCCUUCCUCCCCUCUCCUUUUACUCCUUGUAGCGACGUCUCUGUUGAGGGCUUGAUUUAGGCUUGGGGUGUCGCACUAUUGAGGGUUAUGCCAAAGAGGUUUACUGUAAUUUUGAAAAUUUGAAUAACAAAAUUUUGAAAUAAGGUGGAAAGUUGAAAAUUUGAAUAAUAAUGCCGUAUUUUAGGUGCGUUAUACGAACCACAGGCCGACCGAGUGACAUUACUGUGCCAACCUCUCUCGUGGAUCUCUUCUGAUUUUGACUCGAAUAUUCAUAAAUAUUCGAGAAUUAUUGCCAUUUUUUGAUUUUUUAGAGUUUUUUUCGUCUUUAACAGGUCUUUGGAUUACUGUCAUGUCUGAUGGACUUUCGAUGGAUUACUGUAAUAUCACAUUCGGAAAGCUAGGGAAUAGCUCCUCUAAAGGUAUACUGUAGAGUUGUAUAUGCUUACUGUAGUGUAUUAUUUUGUUGUGUGGGAUACUGUAACAUGAUGAAGUACAGUAAUUCUUGCAUGGUACUGUAAUAUAUCCAGCGAUUGUUACGGUAGCCUGAGUGCGUUUUAAAAAAGACUAGAACGAUUACAGUAACACAUGGCUUACAGUAUACCAAUGGAGUUCAUUUAGAUAUGUCAGUACUACCAAUAUGUACGGUAAUACGAGUAAUCUUGUUUUAAAAUACGGGUUUAAAUGAAACAUGAAAUGAAAAAUAUAAUGAAUAUCAUUCGAAUUUCAAAGCAACCAGGACAAGCACAAGGCCAAUAUGGAUGCAGACAUGGAUAAUAUAAUAAGGAAAAUGAAUGAAAGCAAUUUUAAAAGUGAAAAACAUUAAUGAGUGUAGAGUAUUAGGUUGUUCAAAUAAUUCUGUGCUCUCAAACUCCUAAAAUUUGAUUUGAGAAGGGGCACAAAACUAUUUGAACAACCUAAUAGAGCAAUAGGUAUUAUAGGUUUUUGAAAGGUAAAAUACGGUUUUUAUUGCUCGCGAGGCUUAAAAAAGGGGUUUUUGAUUAUGCAAAAUGACGUUUUUGGCAACAAAGUUUGUUCAAAACGGAUAUUUUAGUACCUAAAAUAAAGGUCUUUGAGCUUGAUUUACGGUCACAAGGCUACAGAAAACCUUCACGGUGUAGUAUUGUACUACAUUUUUCAAGAGAAAAAUUUGUCAUUUUUGAAAAAAAAUAUGUCUUAGGCACUUAUACAGCGUUUUUCGAUGUUCUUAGGCAUUGUUUUGAAAAAAAAUUGUUUUUAGGUAAGGCAGGGCAAGGCUUGUUUAAAAAUUUCAAGUCUUCAGGGUGAAACUGAGCAAAAUAGCUUUUGUGAUCUCGGGAUUUUAGUAAGAUGGAUAACAUGAACACGUUGAGAGUAACAUAAAACUUAGGGUCAAAGGCUUUUUGAGGCAGUUUUUGUAAGAAAAACUACAUUUUUGUGUCACAAAACGUCAUUUUUAGCUCAAAAAAGAUCAUUUUAGGUGUUAGAACAUAAUUUUGUGAUUAAAAACGGAUUUUUUCUGAUUAACUUGUGUCAUUUUUAGGUAGGAUAAAGCUACUAUUAGGUUCAGAUUGAAAACCGUGUUCUACCUUUCCAAAGGCUCUGUAAUACUUAUUGUUUUGUCAGGUUGUUCAACUACUUUUGUGCCUUUUCUUCAAGAAAUUUUUUGGGGUUACGAAGCACAGAAUUAUUUGAACAAUUGAAUGGAUAAAGCUGCGACACCUAGAAUACCGAGAUUAGAGGUAACUAUAGGGCUAGUGUUACUCAGUUUUAUGAAAGUUUUGUCAGUUUAUUAAAAUGUUAUAUUUUGGUUUUUAUUCAUAUAACUUUAGGUAUAUUGAGGUUAAAUUAGGGUUAGAUGAUAAAGAACGGCAUGUUUCAUGAGGCGAAUGAAGAAGUUUUGAGAGAUGAAUGGAAUGAAAAUAAGUUUAGACCUAAGGCAUAUAUACAUGGGUAAUAUUAUAUAGGUCUUACUACUAAGGUAAUAGGGUAUUUCUCGUAUUCUGUCAUAAAAUUUUGGGUAAAAUGCGCUUGGUCUUCAAAUCCUGUUGUACCUUCUUUUAGGUUGUGCAAAUAAUCAUGCGCUUUCUUAUCCCGAAGAUUUGCUUUGAGAGGGAGCGCAGAAUUAUUUGAACAAUCUAAUAUUUAAUGUUAUUGAUGUUUUUUCUAUUGAUUCUUGGUCUAUAUGAUAAUAUUAAUGUACGCUUUCUUUCUAUAUGUCAUGCGUUUGUAGGUUAGAAGGGGUUGCAAGAGAAGGGGAGAGAGUUUGCACAGAAUGUAACACUUGGUCGGGUAAUGUUGAGGUUCUUUUGAUUAAAAAAUUUUUUUUUGAAUUUAAAAAUUAAAAUUUUGAAAAGUUUUUGAAUUUUAAAACUAAUAAAAUCCAUUUCCAGGCUUAGAAGAAGAUGCCCCACCCCUACCGCCGAAGAAAGAACGCGCCAAAACAAAGCCCCAGCCCGUCUACACGGCCUCCGACGCCUUCCUAGCCGAACUAGACGCUGUGGAAUCACGGCCAACACCAAAAAAGAAGCCCAAAGUCACGGUGGUCACUCCGAUUCGACCAGCACCAGUACCAGAAACACCAAAACCGCAGGAAGAGAAGGACAAAGAGGAAUUGACCGAGGAAAUGAUCGAGAAAUUGGUCGAAAGCAAGAGACAAAAACUCGGAAUAUUGAGGACGGACCCACUGAGCAAAGAGGAAAAGUCGUGGAGGAAGAUCAGGUUCAGGAACGAGCUGGUGGAGACACGCUUCUUCGAUUGUGACACUAAUGAGAGGGGUAAGUGAUGGGGUGUUUGAGGGAUAAGGUGAGGGGUGGGUUUUGGUUUAACUUUAUUAAGGGGUACUUCUCUAUUUGAGCCGUUUAGUGGGUGGUUUUUGGUUUAACUUGAUGAAGGGGUGGUUUUUGAAAAUGUAGUGUGGCGCACGGUAAGGCCAAAUGUACGAUUUAAUCUAGGAUACGGAAAAACAUAAAGAAUAGUAGUGCCUAGGGUAUGGUAGGGUAUAUCAUAGUGUAGGACUAAGGGAACGACCGGGCCUAGAUUACCAUAGAGCUCAGGGUAAGAUAAGAUCAAGUGUACGGUAAGCCUAGGGCAUGAUAGAGCUAAGUGUACGAUUUGGCUUAGGAUACGGUAAAAGCUAAAGACUAGUAGUGCUUAGAGUACUGUAAUCCUUAGAGCCUGGUAGGGUCUGAGGUGAGCUAGAGCUUAGUACUACAAUAGGCCCUAAGGUACUAGGGCCUAGGGUACGGUAGGGCCUAGGGUCUAGGGUACGGUGGGUACUAGGGUCCGUCAGGGCUUGUAGUAUGGUAGGGCUUAUGGUAGAGCUUUUAUUUUGUAACUUUCUUAUGAUUUAAUUUUAAAAUUAUUUUCAGUGAAUGUCUCCAAGCUAACCCCGAACGAAAUGAAGCAUUUGGAAGCGAUGCGAGAACACGACGAUCUAGCCAAGCUGAAACACGAAACAUCCAUGCCACCCCUACCCGGCCUUCCCCACCUGAAUCCGAUGGAAGACCCAGAGAACCCUAUCUUCUCAUCGGUUUCAUGGCGAAGUCCUCAAAACUCGUGGAGGCAACCAAAUCAAGGCUACAGAGUGGUCAAGAUUGCCAAUAAUAAUAUGUUACCCAGAGGCAAAGAAAGCAUGAUAAUGAGGGCAGAGAAGAUCAGACAACAAAAGAGCAUGAAGGCUUUCUAUGACCCCAGAAUGUAGGUUUUCGGGUGGAUUUGUUGGUUUUGUUACCUAAAAUAUUAUUUUUUUUUUAUUACCUAAAAUUUUGUUUUGUUGUAUUUUUGUUACCUAAAAUUCUAGUUUUUGAGUUUUUGUUACCUAAAAUACUAUUUUUCGAACUUUUAUUAUCUAAAUAUUAUUUUUUGAAAUUUUGUUACUUAAAAUACGGUAUUUUUGAUUUUUGUUACUUAAAAUUCGAUUUUUUGGGUUUUUAUUACCUAAAAUACUACUUUUUGAGUUUUUGUGACCUAAAAUAUCAUUUUUCGAGUCUUUAUUACCUAAAUUCGUAUUUUUUUAACUUUUUUUGUAUAUAUUUUUUAGCUUUUGUUACCUAAACUAUCAUUUUUUCUAACUUCUGUUACCUAAAAUACUAUUUAUUUUAAAUUUUGUUAUCUAAAGUACAAUUUUCAGUCCAAGUCCAAUAGUGAACGAAAACUCGGAUGAAGAAUUGAUAGAAUUGGCUAGAGAAGCGGAAGCCAAAUUCCAAAAUGAUCCGAAGUCGCUUCACAUCAUCGUGUCUUACGAUGGAGAUCGUCGUAGAUCAGACGAACCCAGCACCUCGACCGCAGCAUCAACGACAUCGGCUUCAGCUCUCAGUCUGCCACUUCCAUUCGCUACUACCGCCAAUCUGCCAAGUGUACCAGCUUCUGAUUUUGAAAACAAACCUGAAUUACUGGCUGGACUACCUGGAAUAUUAAAUACUAAAGUAUUAGCGGUACCAGGAGAACUAAAUGUACCAGGUGGAUCAGCGACAGCAGGAGGACCAGCGGUACCAGUACUACCAGAAACAACAAGUUUGUCUGGAAUAGGAAUAGAUAUAGCCCAGCUGACCACAGGUAUGCCAGAUACGCCACGCUCUCCAGAACCAUCACCACGAAGCACCCUACCGUACUCCGGCUCUACCGUAUCGAGUACAGUACUAUCAUCAUCGAGUGCUUUACCAAUUGAAUCAUCAAGCCCAUCAUCACGUGGAUUACUACCAUUAGUACCAACUUGUGGACCAAAUGCAGGACUAUCUGGAUCGUCAGGUACAUCAGUGGUACCAUCAACAGUACCAACUGCACCAGUAACACUAUCAGCCGAUGUUCUAUCGAUUUUAGAGUCAGUGAAACGAACAGAAGUACCAAAAGACGCGAUACUAGAUGAUAGUUUAGAGGACAUUAUCGGGACUGUAAAGGAGGGUAACAUAAAGAAUGGCAGAGAGAAGGUCAAGUCAGAAGAGCCAGAAGACGAAGACUUGAGAGUUCAAGAGGAUGAAGACCUAAGAGGCGAUUACGACAUGCGUGAAGAAGAUGAUCAGGACCUCAGGGAUCAAAAACCUGACAUCAGUACCAGUGGUACCACUUUUGCUACUAGUGGUACCAUUUUAAAUAAAAAUAAUUUUGGAAUUUUGGGAUUACCUACAACUUCUACAGCAUCUACCGGUCCUAAUUUUGGUACUACUGGUGCAGCCAGUACGAUUGCAGCUAAUUUAUUAAGUAUCAGUACUACUAAGGCUAACACGAGUACCACACAUACAAGUUCUUCAACACAAAACACCUUUUCAACUCCGUCCGGUCUAAGUUCGGCCGAUUUGAAUGGCCUACUGAGCAGCCUCGGGGCCGUGGUGUCUGGUACUACUAGUACACCAAGUUCGCCAACUGUAAAAUCAAGCCCUCUGGCUAGUCCAGGCCACCUGGCAGGCAAUGUGGACGGGAGAAGAGGCAGUUUCGGACAGAAUGUGGAUGGAUUCGGCCAGAAGUCAGCCUUUUCCUUGGCCAAUCCAGCCUUCCCCAACACUUCCAUGCCUCCACCAGCUUUCAGGCCAGCAGCCGGAGCUAAUUCAAGCUUGCCUGGAUUGCCCGGGGCUUCUUCUAUAGCUGGACUACCUGGAUCUUCUCCAAGCCUAAGUGGGCUACCAGGCUCAUCUCCAAGCCUAGCCAACGUGUCUUCACCAAAAUUGGCCAACUUGACCGGACCACCAACCAGCUUUACCAUGUCUUCUUCAUCGCUUGCCAACCCAAAUCAGCAGCAGAAAUCGACCGAAGAAAAGAAACAGCCACUGGUAACGACUGAUACCCUGAAGGUCUUGGCCGAUUUAGCUGGAAAAACGGUUGGAAAACUGGAUUUGGCCGCGAUUUUAAGCAAAGUCGACAAUGCAACCAAGAAGCCGGAACCAGUGAUUGAACAGAUCAACGAUCCGACUGGAGUUAUGGUAGGUUUGGUUUUUGGAAUAUUUAAAUUUAGAUUGUUUAAAUAAUUAUGUGCCUUUUUUAGGUUUUUCAAGUAAUUCUGAGCUGUCUUUAGAUUGUUCAAAUAAUUUUGAGCUCUCUUUAGGUUGCUCAUAUAAUUCGGAGCUAUAUUUUUUAGGUUGUUCAAAUAAUUAUGAGCCAUCUUUUUUACGUUGUUCAAAUAGUUCUGAGCCAUAUUUAUGUUGCUCAAAUAAAUAUGAGCUAUCUUUAGGUUGUUCAAAUAAUUCUGAGCCCUUUACUACGAAAAUUUGCUUUUUUGAAAGGGGCGCAGAAUUAUUUGAACAAACUUAAUAGUACCUUUAUCCUACCCAAAAUUGUAUUAUAUUACAUAAAAAUGGUACAAGUUAGCCAGAAAAAAUCGUUUUUUAAGCAAAAAAUUAGGUUUUAAUACUAAUGACCUUUUUAACUUAUAUUAAUCUAUCAAUUUUCAGUACCAACCACCCCCGGUAAUCCAGCAAAUCGACUCAUACACCACCCCCUACCCUCCAGCCGGCUCAUUCCCUGGCCAACCCAAUUUUGGAGCCCGACCCCCCUUCCCGAACCAAGCCUUCAACCGCCCACAAGGACCCGGCUCCUUCUUUGGUACCCUAUCGAACAGCACCAGACCAGCAUUCGGCAACCGACCCAUACGAGCACCAGUACCGUGCAAGUUCUUUAUGCAAGGCUUCUGCAACUUUGGCGAAACUUGCCGCAACUUACACGCUCAACAACCUACAGAAGGUCUUAGGAGGCUACAACAACAAGCUUCAGGUGGUGGUACAGGCGGUAUCGGCGCACAAGCUGGUACAACGCCACAUGGUGGUGCUAUUGGGAAUCAAAGUGGCACUCAAGGUCCAAUGGGACAAGUUGGAGCUGCUGGUACCGGAUUUGCGGGAACUGACUACGGUGGUGGUAAAGAGUACGGUAACGAGCAGAAUAAUGGGUACGGUAACUCGAAUGAUCAUAACAAGGGAUACAGUAACUCGAAUGAUCACAACAAGUCAUACGGUAACUCAUUCGACAAGAACAACCCCCACAAUCCAGGAUUCUCACAAAGUGCGCCACCGUUCGGCGACAAGGAUUCAGACGACCGUCGCGACUUCCGCAACUCCGGCUUCAGAGGCCGCGGUCGAGGCAGAGGAGGCAAAUGGGAUGACCGACCGCGACGACGAUAUUCACCACAACGACGAUACGACAGAGAUGACAGAGACCGAAGAGACGACAGAGAUCGAGAUGAGAAAGAUGAUAGGAGGGAUAGAGACGACAGAGAUGAGAGAAGGCCAAGGCGGAGGAGGAGAAGGUUGGUUUUUGAAUUUUCUUACAUUUUUUGGCAUAAAACGGCAAGAAUUUUCUUUACAAAGCUUUAUCUGCUAAUUUUUGCGAACGGCAGGCUGCGGAUGACAUUUUAUGCGAUAAAAACGAAAAAUUGCUAUUAUGGCAAUAACUUUCUUUAAGGAUCAUAAAAUGGCAAGAACUUUCUUUACAAAAACAAAUGGCGAAAACUUUCUUUACAAAACGCAAAAUGGCAAUAACUUUCUUAACAAAGUGUAAAAUGCCAAAAACUUUCUUUACAAAGUGUAAAAUGACAAAAACUUUCUUUACAAAACAAAAAAUGGCAAAAACUUUUUUUUUAAAUUGUAAAAUGGCAAUAACUUUCUUUACAAAAUCAAAAAUGACGAAAACUUUCUUUACAAAACGAAAAAUGGCAAUAAAUUUUUAAAAAUAUUUUUUAAAUAAAACUUAAUCUCAAAAUUUCAGCAACUCUAAAUCCACCUCCCCACCACCACGCCGACGUCGUUACCGCUCCAGAAGCCGCUCACGGUCCAGCUCUCCGCCACGACGCCGACGCCACGAACGCCGUUCGCCGAGCCCUCAAACGGCGCGCGAACGAACCGCCUCUCCGCCGAAGAAGCCGGACGAAUGA